ACAAAUUUAGAAAAACGAUCUUCCGCCUGACCGUGGAAUGGGCUGGCUUCUUCCCCGCACUCCUCUACGGCCUUUGUGCCUGUCCCUCGGGUCCUACGGGUCACCCGGACCAUCUGCUCUUGUUCGUCUCCCUCUGACGCAUGGCCACCCGCCACUGACCGCUCUAUGAUGUUUUAACCUGCUUUUGCGCCCCUCCUUUCCAGCCAGAUCACACGGCCCACCUCGCAGUCCGCUGCAGACAUCUAUAAAACUCGACUGUUGUAAAGACUCAGCCUCGUUUCUUCCCUCUCCCACUUCCUUUAUACCAUCUGCCUUGUCUCGUCUUCACUCCAUCUCCAAAACCCACAAAAUCAAACAACAACCUCAACCCAAAAUGCACGCCUCUGCCACUGCUGCCCUUUUCGCCUUGCUUGCCAGCUCGGCCUUUGCGACUCCCAUCCAGAAACGAUACUCUGGAGUCACCAUCCGAUCUUACCGAACUGGUACCUGUUUGAACCUUCAGGCUGGAGUCACCAUCCAGAACGGAUCUCCCGUCUGGGUUGGUGACUGUUCCACAGCCACUCUCUGGGACAUCAACCCUGGUUCUGGAUCUGUCCUCGUUCACGGCACAAAUUUCGCCCUUGAUGCCGGUGAGAACCCUCAUAACUUUGUACCUGCAAAGGUCUGGCAAUCUUACCCUGGUCUGACCCAACAGACUUGGUACCUCACUCCUGACAACCGAAUUGCCAUCACUGGAGGAACCAUGUGUCUCGACGAAGGUGACAACGGUCCUCAGACCUACCAAUGCACCACUGGAGACACCAACCAGAUCUGGUACGUUGACCAACCUGCCACAUCUACGAGCAUGGCGGCUUCCACCAGCAGCAUGGCCCCGAGCAGCACUUCAUCCGCCGCUCCUUCUGCAUCCGCUUCGAGCGGACCUACCGGACCCUCCACCACCAUCUCAUGGAAUGGUAACACUGGCAUGUGCGCCACCGUUCAAGGAUCCUUCGCCAACGGCACUCCCGUCAACCUCGCUCCUUGCACCAAAGCUGCCAAUCAAAUGUUCUACGCGUUUGACGGUGGUGCCAUCCAGCUGGCCGGAACCAACUACUGUUUGGAUGCCGGAUCCAACCCUGCCGAUGGGACUCAGAUGAAGAUUUGGCAAUGUUACUUCGGACUCUCGCAACAGGUCUGGAACUUCAACGGCAACCUCAUCUCAACUGCCAACAGUGAGUCGAUCUUUAACGAGAUAGAAACAUAGCAAAAGCUAACGCAUAUGCAGACCAAUGUCUUGAUGUCAACAAU